AUGAUUUUACUGGAUUAUUACAACGUCAUUUUGAAGGAUGCUUUGGAUGCUCGGUUAAAUGGUGGAAAACGCGAAUCGGUGGACAUGACCAUCGUCGAUUUUGAUGGCGUCACGUACUACAUCUCGACGCCAGAAACAAAGAGCGUGCUCCAUAUUUCGUUGCAAUGGGCCUGUUUUCAAGAGCUGGUCAAGUACGGUGCCACCGAUAUCUUACAACGCGAAUAUGGCAGUUAUUUGGCACCACAACCCGAGCAAGGGUAUGACUUGACGCUGGUGAUCGAUUUGGAUAGCGUUGCUGACGAUCAAGAGACAAAGGAUGCACUUGUUCGCAAAGUGUCGUUGUUGAAGCGCAAUUUGUUGGCCGCUCCAUUUGAACGUGCCUUUAUUGAACAAGGCGAAUACGAGGACGAAGAAAAGCCCAACCCAUCCCCAGAGCUGAUGGCGGUCCACUAUCGUUCCGAGGAAGCCAUCUAUGUCAAAUCCAGCUUUGAUCGUGUCACGGUCAUCUUUAGCACAAAUUUCAAGGAUGAGACGGACAAGAUUUUCGGCAAGGUGUUUUUGCAGGAAUUCGUCGAUGCACGUCGUCGUCCUGCGUUGCAGAAUGCUCCCCAGGUGCUUUAUUCCACACGCGAGCCUCCCAUGGAGCUCCGUAAUUCGGGUAUCCAAGACACGCCCGACACAAGCUAUGUCACCUUUGUCCUUUUCCCUCAACAUUUCACCAAGGGUGACGUGCGUGAGGAGACCAUUUCUCGCAUACAAAUUUUCCGCGACUAUCUCCAUUAUCACAUCAAGUGCUCAAAGGCUUACAUGCAUACCCGAAUGAGAGCACGCGUCCGCGACUUCUUGAAGGUUCUCAACAGAGCCAAGCCCGAAAGCACCAACGUCGAAAAGAAGACUGUCAGUGGAAGAACGUUCCGCAGAAGUUAG